UGCACGUCAUUCACGAUCGGCCACAGCACGAACGCGGCCGUUCUUCCCGCGUAUUUUGACAAUAUAUUUUUUAAUCUGUGUAUCUUUUUAAAUUGUGCCUGUGCCUUGCGUUUAAUAGCUGGAGCGAGUGAUCUGUAAAAUGAAGCCGUUAUACUUGGUUUUAGUGGUAGCCGUCGGGCUAACAAGCGCUCGAUGGGUGCGCCGCCAGCGAUCGAACCAAAUAUCCGAAGUUACAAGUUUUGUUGGAGAAGCUACAAAUGAACUUUCUACGACUAUUUUACAGAGCUAUAUCGACGAUGAUAAAAACAUCGCUUUCUCCCCUCUUGGAUAUUCAACGAUUCUUGCAAUAUUAGCCGAAGGAGCACGCGGUGAUACGAGAAAUCAACUAAUUUCAGCUUUGCACUUACCUGAGGAUCAGAAUCUUACGAGAAAAACUUACCGUUAUAUAAUGGAUCGUCUUAAAUAUAGAAAUGAAUACAAAUAUAAUCAGCCAGAGUUGAAAAACUUCUUUUACGUUUAUAAAAAUUAUACAAUAAAUGAAGAUUACAAGAAAAUUCUAGAGGAUUAUUACUUAACUGAGGUACGAUCUGUCGAGAGAUCCAAUUCUCUCGAACCUAAAGAUGAUGUAGCGGAGAAGAAUGUUAAUAAUGAAGAAAUUCCUGAUAUAAUUCCGCCGAAAGAGUCUGAUGAGAAAUUAAUAACAUACGCUGUUGAAGAUAUUCCAGAAAAAGUGGACAUCUCUCAUAUGCAAUACAAACCGGCUAAGAAUAUAAAAGAACAGAUAAAACUAGUGAAGACUUCCGAAGAUUCAAAGGAAUUUGGCGAUGAGGAAGAAACUAUGGUCGCAGUUGAAGCAAGAAAUCAUGCGCGUAGUCUAAGAGUACUAAACGAAAAAAAUGAUAUAGCUUCAAGCAUUUCCGUCAAUAGUGUUGGAAAGAAAUCUAGCAAAACAAGUAACUCGUUGAUGUUGAUCUUCAACGGUAUGUAUUUCCGUGGGUCCUGGAAGAAACCAUUUACCAAAGUAGAACCAGGUGUAUUUUACAAGUCCAACACUGAGAAGAAGCAAGUUCCAAUGAUGAAAGCUCAUGGUACUUUUAAGACCAGCUCUUUACCAGAUCUGGACAGUGAAGCCAUUUUCUUACCUUAUGAUGGUGGUCGUUAUGCUCUGAUGCUGCUCGUUCCACGGACGCGCGACGGUCUUACAAGAUUGAUCGCUGACUUACCGGCAACAUCUUUACCGGACAUCCAAGAAAAUCUUAAAGAAGAGGAAUUACAAGUUUCAUUACCCACUUUCUAUGUAGAGACAACAACUAAGCCGCUCACAGCUUUGGCUAAGUUUGGUGUGAGUAGCAUCUUUGGUCGGGAAGCAGAUUUAACAGGAAUAUCUUCUAAAGAAGGUUUGUUUGUACAAGAGCUCGUACAAAAUGUAGCAGUGCGUGUUGACAACACAGAUUCGUCAGCCACAAUGAUUGGAGCAAGCAACGCUGACGAAGGAGCUGAUGAAUUGGCUUCAUUAAAGAAUCUUCCCUUAACUGAAAUCAAAGAACCCCGAAAGUUUUGCGUCGAGCAUCCAUUUGUCUUCUACAUCGUCGACCGUUUGGACAACUUAGUAGUUGUCGCCGGCAAAGUCACUGACCCACAGUCGCCAUCAGACUUUUCGCUAUAAAAGAAUACCGGAAUGGUAUUUGAAUUCAAAAAUCUUUUUAAUCUGUUAAUCUUAAAAGUUAAAAGACCCUGUUGUUAUUCAAGUUACGUCCCACUCCAUUAAGUUAAUAUUUUUGUGUGUUUUUUGCUGUGGAGUUUUCUUUUAAGAAAUAGAUAUUUCCAACGGAACCAGAUGCAUUUGAUAAUGAUAAAGUACACAGCUUAGGUUAACGUAGCGUUAAGUUUAUUUAUUAUUUAGAUAAUGUGAUAUUUUUAAGAAUAAAUUAUUUAUUUUUACAGAAA